UGGAGUGCGGUGGCCGCCAUCGAAAGGGAUGUUUUAGGGAAGGGGAACGCUCAGGAAGUCAACAGCAAAGAAUCCUCAACACGAGCACGAUGAGCAAAGUUGUUGAGCCCUCGGAUGCAAAUGCUAUUGUGCUACCAUCUCGAAGCGACCCAGGUGAAGCAUCCUUCGGCGAGCUAACUACAAUGGCUGAGUCAACAUCCUUCAAAUCUCAUCGUACAAUUUCUUUUCUGCCGCACCAACUGGCGCUGUUCACACGAUCCUGGGCUGGCGUGUGGCGUGUGGCGUGUGGCAUGCCGCUUGAAUGGAUUUAUUUGUACAGAUCACGAACCCCGGGUUGGGUCGUUUCUUGCCACAGGACAUCCAGAAAAUCACGACGGGGCGUUCCAAGUAAAUGGGCUGAGCAGGAACAAGCACGAUUCACCUUGUCAAAACAUCUUCACUCGACUGAUUUCCUCCUAACGCCCAGUACUAUAAUUCAGAUCAGUAGCAGAGCAGGAGCGCGCACGCGAUGUCUGGCUUAUGUGAUGUUGGAUAGAAGAAAUUAGACAGGAGCGACGAAAACAUUUACAAGCCAAGAUUUCGUUGCGUGUUAAUGCCCAGCGGAUUUCAGCGCGUAUCGUCACGCACUGGUAUGCUCGAAGAACUCAAGGUUCAUGUUAAUGUACAUUUCGCAUAACA